CUACUAGUGUUUCCGUUUUGAGUUUAUCCUUAAAAUAAAGUGUAACUCCAACAAGGCCAAUAUACCGAUCACGUGAUCGACAACUAGGGAACCUUUGUCUUUUCUUGUUUCCUACCCACAGGAUACACCGACGGACCCAAGACUGCGCCGUGUACCUUGAGGUUGGAGUCGAGAGAACAAAUGGCAUCACUGGCAAGCAGCAGUUCAUCAGGCACUGAAUACACUGUGAGAGUCCCUAAAAAUACUAGUAAGAAAUACAACAUAAUGGCUUUCAACGCUGGAGAUAAAGUCAACUGUUCAGCAUGGACACAGGCUCGCAUGGAGAGGGAUAUGAGUGCCCGGAAGAUAUAUGGUGAAGAAGAGACACCGGAGGGUGCAGCUGGGAGCGAGUUUGGCAAAAAGCAGCGUGAGGAGGCUCGACGGAAGAGGUUUGGCAUUGUGACGCGGGAGUUCAAAGUCGAGGACCAGCCUUGGAUUCUUAAAGUCAACGGCAAGGCUGGCAAAAGGUUCAAAGGUCUGAAGAAGGGGGGCGUCACAGAGAAUGCAUCCUACUACAUCUUUACCCAGUGUCCAGAUGGAGCUUUUGAAGCCUUCCCUGUUCACGGCUGGUACAACUUUACUCCGGUAGCGAAACACAGAACUCUCACUGCGGAGGAGGCUGAAGAGGAGUGGGGCAGGAGAAACAAGGUCGUAAAUCACUUCAGCAUCAUGCUUCAGAGACGCCUACGCGAGCAAACGCAGGGUGACGAGGAAGAGGAUGAGAGUGAGAAAUCAGCAAAGAAGAAGAAGGGUGGCGGUCGAGGGGGUGACCUCCGCAUCCACGAUCUGGAAGAUGACUUUGAGAUGAGCAGUGAUGACAGUGACAACAGUAUGGGUGAAGAUGGAGAAGGCAAGACAAAAGCAAAGAAUGAAACAGGGAAAGGCAAAUCAAAGAAGAAGAAGAAGAGCAAGGACAAAGAUGCUUUGGAAGACAGCGAUGAUGGUGACUACGAGGGUCUCGAGGUGGAUUACAUGUCAGAUGAAAGCAGUUCAGAAGAAGAACCUGAAAAAGGAAGGCCCAGCAAAGGAGAAGACCUCCCUAAAGGGAUCGAUGAGGCCUCGGAAAGCGAGGAAGAGAGCGAAGAGGAGAAACAGAACGAGGAGGAAGCAAAGGAGGAGGAAGAGGAGGAGGAAGGAAAGAAAACACCAGCACAGACUGAAAAGAAGAAAAAAAAAGACAGCAGCGGCGAAUCGGACAGCUCAGACGACAGUGACAUUGAGGGAGAAACGGCGUCUGCUUUGUUCAUGGUGAAGAAGCGCACUCCUCCAAAACGUGGCGGUGGGCGCGGCUCUGCCGGAAGUUCCAAAACUGGCAGCCGGCCGGGGACGCCAUCCAUAGACUCUGCCGCCACCUCCAACACACUCCGUGCUGCAGCCAGCAAACUAGAGCAAGGUAAAAGACAGGCGCAAGGUCCAGGUACUGACUCGCCAGCUGCCAAAAGGCUUAAGAUGGACCCCAGCAGUCAGAGUCCUGCUCCCUCUGGAAAGAGCACACCUCACUCCCCAUCAGGAAAAUCGACUCCCAGCUCCAGUGAUGUGCAGCUAACAGAAGAAGCGGUUCGCCGCUACCUGAUCCGGAAACCGAUGACCACCAAAGACCUGCUGAAGAAAUUCCAAACGAAGCGCACAGGCCUGAGCAGCGAGCAGACUGUUAACGUGCUGGCGCAGAUUCUGAAACGCCUUAAUCCGGAGCGCAAAAACGUCAACGACAAAAUGCAUUUUUAUCUCACGGAAUAACAUCAAUACAAGCAAUAUGAGGACAAGCACUGCAGAAAAUGAAUGGCUUGAAUAAACAGUUACCUUAGGGUAUGGAGGGAAGUGAAGGGAUCAUUUUAUGGUGUUUUGUUAUUUUUGUGAUGUGACAACUCAUCUGGAGUUUAACUGCUCCCCUCAUGAAUAAUUGGUGGGUGACAUUUUUCCCCCAAAACUCUUCAUUUUUUUUUUUUUUUUGCAACAGAAAUCAUGUUGUUGAAAAAAGUAAGCUGAAGUAUUUCAGUGUUGUUGAAUUACUUUUUUUUUUUAAAGAUAGGGGCAUCUCCUUGAUGAUGAUGAACAUAUGUUGACCUGCAAGAUAAAGUUAAUAUUAAACUAAAUGCAUUAGCUUAAAGUUU